AUGGAUCGUUAUCGCGAGAAUCCAAGUUACAUUCAAAAUGAUAGAAUCUACUUGUUUCUUGAUACAUAUUCUAGCCACAGAAAUGCAGAAACAAAGAAGCUUGCUAAAGACUUGAACAUCACACUCGUCUUCAUUCCAGUUGGAUGCACCGAUCUGUGCCAACCUCUUGACAUGCAUGUCUUUGGCGCCUUAAAGAAUAUGGCAACGAGAACAUGGUGGACUUACUAUUCUAUCGACACUUCCCUCGAGUGCACGCUGAAGUUGGCAGUGUAUAUUUUAAUACGUUGCUGGAAUGCGCUGACUCCUGAGCUCAUUGAGACUGCAUUCAGUAUGCACAUCAAAGAUCUUGAAGAAAAUGAAAGCAUCCAACCACGUAUCUCUGACGAAGAGGCCUCAGACUUCAUUGAACGGAUUGACGAAGUGAAGGCUCAAUUCACAGUAGGCGAGCUUCUUGGCCAAAACACAGAAGAGGAAGACGCCCCUGAUUUUGACCUCCUUCAAGAGUUCAAUGAGAUCAAUGAACGACGCCAUAGGAGACAGGAAAAUACCCAGAUUGAAGAAAUAGUUUCAGAUGAUGAAGACUGA